GGGGCUUUUGUUACACAGGAAGCCGAGUGAGCCACAGAAAUGAAGUCAUGUGUGCACAUGCUGCUUCUUAGCUAAAGUUCACAACUUAAAAAAAAAAAGGGAAUCUAGACUCGUCAUCUGCACGCUCGUCUAAAUCUUGGUCUGGACGUGUAUGAUGAUGAUGACGAUGAUGGUGAUGAUUGUGGCCGGUACCGCAUGAAGAUGAGGACACGCUUCAGCACGGUGCUCCUUUGUUGCCUCCUUACAGUCUGUGAGUCCAGCCCGUCGUCCGUGAGGGGCAUCGCAGGUCAGGACGUCACGCUGUCGUGCACGUAUGACAUCAUCAAACACGGAUCUUCGUGGGUCUGCUGGGUCCGGGGAGCUUUGCCGAUGAUUGGCUGCGGUCUCCAGAUCGCUAAAACCAACGGUGUGAGCGUGACGGAAGAAAGCGACAGGUAUAAGCUGCUGGGCCGGUUGGAGGACGGCAAUGUUUCGUUGACCAUCCUGAACGCGAGGAAGGAGGACGCCGGAGUGUACGGCUGCCGGGUGCAGGUGCCUGGGCCCUUCAAUGAUGAGAAACACUCCAUCGAGCUGAUCAUAAUGGACGCCCCUCAAAGCACAACUUUAAAGACUGUCCUGUCUGCGGAGAGCAUUGCUGCCGUCAGUACAGCAGCUCAGAUGACCUCCUCGGAAGGCUUCAAAACUUCCUCCUCCUCAAUCGACUUCAAAACCAAAACCGAGAAGGGUGAUAUCCCAGGGUCAAUGGUUGCGAUAGGCGUCCUCUUUGGGCUCAUCCUCUUUGGCGCAGUCAUCAGCAUCAUCAUCGCAGGUAGAAGAAGACGGCAGCGUCUCACCAAAAUUCAUCAGCAGCUUCCGAGUGUCCCUUCAGUGUACUUCAGCUCCACGUCGUCAUCUCUGCACCUGCACCACCAACCUACGGCCGUGGACAACAUCUACCAGAUGGACACGGAUGAAUACGACUAUUUACCCUGACGCUCUCACGGCCUCCACGAUGCCACUGCAGCACAUCUUCGGUGUUGAAGCGAACUUUUUAAGAAUCACUCCCACACACAUUUGAAUGUAUUAUAAGAGACUUCUGGGACACAGUGUAAAUGUAUGUGAAGCACAAAAUGUAUGGAAAAGACUGUAUACAGUAUAGUGGUGUGUGUGUACGUGCCUUUAAGAGGCGGGGUCUACCGGGGGAGCAUGUGACAUCGGCGAGCUUGCGUGUGAAGGACUGGGGGUGAGCUGUAGUCGACAGCAGCUCCUGCGUGGGCGUUAUUGCGUUUAAUGUUCACUAAAAUGCUGAAAGGUGUAGCUGUGACUGUGGCUCUCCUUUCCCACAUGUGAGGGCAUUACAAUAAAAAGCCAUUAAAAUGUUA